UUCUGCUGAGCACCUCUGUCGAGGGGAUGGGCUUGACUAAUGGGAAUACCGAGUGGCUGCUUCGUUGUUCCCAUGUUCUCAAUCGGCGCAUCGCAACCUAUAUCCAACCAGCCGGGGAAUUCCGAGCAUGUGCGAAAAACGUGAAGAUAGGAAAUAAUGCAUACCAGACCCUAACCGGGAUUGUAGUAUUUAUCCGGAACCAAUCAUAUUGCCUGGCCAAACACGAGGAGGUCAGAGGCUUCCGAGGACCACCGAAACUCUUCUCCAUUGCCUGCAUAGGACACGUACGCCGAGAUGGGCCGGAAAGCUUGACUACAAAGCAUCUGUACAGAACAGGAGAAUGUGGGUCUGGCCGCGACACGCGCCGAUUGGUUUGCAGUGCGCUGGCAGAUCUCCUAAAAGCCGGUUCGGGUUCAAGAGAAGCCGGAAAGGGCGCGAAUGAUUGAUUCUGCAUCAGCGCAACCGCUGUGGGGCUAAGAUAAUCGGUAGUGGUGUAAUCGCC